GUACGUUUUCUCUGCAGCGAUCAGCCGCGGCGUCCAAACGUGGUGUCCAGACGCAAUCAAACGCGGCGUCCAAACGCCGCGACUCGACCGUUUUCUCUACAGCGCGCAGUCGCCGCGAUUCCUACAAAACAAUCACGAUAUCAUUCAUAGUUAAACUGUCGUCCUGUGCGAAUGUGUUUUCCUUUUUUUUUAUAAUUUUAUAAUAAUUAAAUUGAAAAAAAAUGCAUCGUCAAAUAAUGCUAAACAAUAAUAAAAUUAUAUUGGAGUUAUUGAGAGAGGAAGAAGAAGAUGAUCAAUUGUUAAUGAAUACAAAAAAUAAAAAAAGGAAACCAAUAUCAAAUUUAUUUUCGACAAGAAAAUCAGAAGGAUUUUUCGAAAAAUUAAUCAAAGGCCAUCUUGCUACCGAUAAUAUUAAAUUUCGAGAGUUUUUUCGUUUAAAUCGCCGACAAUUUGAUUUUGUUUUGUCUUUGAUAAAAAAUCAAAUACAAAAGACACCAACAAUGCGAUGGCAUGAACCAAUAAUACCCGAAGAAAAAUUGGCAGUUACUUUAAGGUAAAUAUAAGCAUUGUUACAAUAUAAGUUUAAAAAUAGAUUAGCAAGAUUCUUAUUAAGCACUUAAAGUUUAAAUUAUGAUAACAUUUAUCAAAUUAGAAAUUUACAAAUUUUAUUAUUGAAUUAAAAUGUUAUACCAUCCAUUAUAGUGACUUGUAACGUAUUGUACAGCAAAGCGACACUCACUUACCCACUUUUUUAUAAUUUUUUUUUUUGUAGAUAUCUAGCCACCGGGGAAUCUUUUCGUUCAUUGGCAUUUGCAUUUCGUAUAUCCUACAGUUAUAUCAGUAUAAUAGUAAAGGAAACAUUGACAGUUUUAAAACAAAAUUUAAUGCCAAUUUUUUUACCAGAUCCAACUAUGGUUGAUUUUAAAACUAAGGCAGAUGAAUUUUGGACAAAGUGGAACUUUCCUAAUUGCAUUCUCGCAAUUGAUGGAAAGCAUGUAAGAAUCCGUUGUCCUAAUAAUUCAGGUUCUUUGUUUUUUAAUCACAAAGAUUAUUUUUCAACUGUUUUAUUGGCGAUGGUUGAUGCAAAUUACAAAUUUGUAGCAAUCGAUGUCGGGUCAUAUGGAAAAGAAGGAGAUAGCGGUAUUUUUUUAAAGUCUACAAUGGGACAACAAAUUUUAAAUGGUGUAUUUAAAUUUCCAGAAGAUUGUGCCCUUCCUGGUACUGAUAUUAUAGCACCUCACGUUAUAUUAGGAGAUCAGGCAUUUAGGUUGCACAAACAUAUUUUGAGGCCGUUUUCUCAAAAAGCAGCAAGAGGAGAUAACAGCAAAACGAUUUUCAAUUACAGACUUAGCCGUGCUAGAAGAGUAACCGAAAAUGCUUUUGGGUUACUAAGUCAAGUAUUCAGAGUGUUUUAUCAGCCAAUCAAUAUUGCUCCAACAACAGUUGAUGAUUUAAUCAUUGUUACAUGUUGUUUACACAAUAUGUUACGUGAUGCAUAUUUAGAACACAAUGGAAAAGCAUACUAUCAAUUUGAUCAGGAAUAUUCAACUGUAAAUAACAUGAGGUCAUUUUCUGGGGAAAGUGGAUUUAUAAAUACGGAAGGAGUUACAGUAAGAGAUAUUUUUAAAGAUUAUUUUGCUAAUAUAGGAGCUGUACCAUGGCAAAUGUAAAUAAUUAUACAUGUUUUGUAUUAAUAUACCAUUAUUAUUAAUAUUACGAUAAUAUUGUGUGUACUGUGUUCAUUUAUUUAUAGUAGUUGCCAGUUGGUUAUCUAAUAAAUAUCAAAAACAAAAAUAAUUAAAAUGUUCUUGAAUUUAGGUUUUAUUUUUAAACUCACAAGUUAAAUAAAAUCAAAACAAAUAAUAAUAAUUAAAAAUAACCAAAAUAACCUUUAAUAUUAAUUUAUAAAAUAUAAAAUGUACUUAAAUAUAAUAAGUAUACAACAAACAAAUAUAAUAUGUAGGCCUAAUUAUAUUCAUCGCGGUUAUAUUGUAUAAAUCCACACGAAGAACUUGAUGCAGCAGUGUUGGAUGAGUUGGCCGGCGAUGGACACUGUGGCAUGCUGUUACUAUCAUUAUUGUAUUGCAUGUAUCCAGAUGAAGAACUCGACGCAGCAGUGGUGUACGAGUUGGCUGGUGAUAACCACUGUGCCAUGUUGUUGCUAUUUAAAGGCAGAACAUAAUUAGGUUGAAUGGUUUUAGUAUGAUCAGGAACCACAUAUUUUUCUUCAAUCUCAUUCACCAUUGUCAAUAUUCGCAGCUUAGCUUCGUUGAUUGCUCGCGAAGGGAGUUUUUUGACGGUCAUGGCAAUACUUUUAAAAAAAACGUCGACUUCGUCCUCUUUUUGGUCCAGCGAUGCUAAUAAAUUAUUUUGUGCCUGGAUAUUUGAUAACAUUUCAUUUCUUUCUUUAGAUCUCUUGGCUAAUAUUGCUGA